CACCUGUACUUAUCCAAAAAAAAUUAUUUUCUUCUUGGAACUAAAUUUAUCUCAACGAUAAGCCUCGAACAGCCGAUACUAUUAUCUUUCAGAACAGAAAUCCAUCAAACCUCCAGGUUAUCCAUCAUGUUUCUACAAAUCCUCCUCUUUCUAGCCCUUUAUUCAAUCACUACCCACUUCCUCCACAAGUUUCAAAACCAUCCUCCAGUCCCUUUUCCCAGUUUACCAAUCAUUGGCCACUUCCACCUACUUCUCAAGAGACCUCUCCACCGUUCCCUGGCGAAAAUCUCUAACAAACAUGGCCCAAUACUUUUCCUCUAUUUUGGUUCUCGCCCUGUUCUCCUCAUCUCAUCUCCAUCCGCAGCCGAGGAAUGCUUCACCAAAAAUGACAUCGUCUUUGCCAACCGCCCCUCACUUCUUGUUGGUAAGCAUUUGGGUUAUAACUACACCAGCCUUGUAUGGUCUUCCUACGGUGACAACUGGCGGAACCUGAGGCGAAUAGCUUCUCUUCAACUUCUUUCAACCAAUUGUCUCCAGUUGCUCUCCGUCACGCGCCUUGAUGAGGUCCGCUUGCUUCUUCGCAAGCUGUUCAAGAAUCAAGAUCGGACGGUGGAGUUGAAAUCCACACUCUUCGAGCUAACGCUGAACGUGAUGAUGCGGAUGAUAGCGGGAAAAAGAUACUACGGUGACAACGUGGCGGAAGUUGAGGAAGCCAGUAGGUUUCGUGAAAUAGUGAGGGAAACAUUUCUUUUGGGUGACUCAGCAAAUAUGGGAGAUUUUUUGCCAGUGUUGAAGUGGGUUGAAAAGAGCGAGAAAAGGAUGAUCAACUUACAUCAAAACAGAGAUAGAUUUGCGCAGGAAUUGGUAGAAGAAUGGAGAAGUAAAGUGAAUAAUGGGAAAAGUUCCUUAUCCACAGACAAGAAAAAGAACAUGAUUGAAGUCUUGUUGUCUUUGCAAGAACAAGAGCCUGAAAACUACAAGGAUGAAACUAUUAGAAGUCUCAUGAUGGUUUUGCUUCUUGCAGGAACUGAUACUUCAGCGGGGACAUUGGAGUGGGCGAUGUCUUUCCUUUUGAACCAUUCGGAAAUAUUGCAGAAGGCACAAACUGAAAUGGAUAACGUGGUUGGACAAGAUCGGUUGAUGGACGAAUCAGAUUUGGCUAAUCUUCCUUAUCUUUAUUGCAUCAUAAGCGAGACUAUGCGGAUCAAACCAGUCGUUCCGCUGUUAAUACCACACGAGUCAUCGAAAGAUUGCGUGGUCGGAGGGUAUAGUAUACCGCGUGGCACCAUGUUACUGGUGAACGCUUGGGCCAUACAUAAUGAUCCUAUCGAUUGGAAUGAGCCCACUAAAUUUAAGCCCAAGAGAUUUGAAGAUUUGGUAGGGUCUAAAGUUGGGUUCAAGUUAAUGCCAUUUGGGUCAGGGAGGAGGAGCUGUCCUGGAGAAGGAUUGGCCAUGCGCAUGGUUGGGUUGACAUUGGGGUCAAUAAUUCAAUGCUUUGAGUGGGAGAGAAUUGGUAAGGAGAUGGUGGAUAUGACGGAAGGGGCUAGCGUUACCAUGCCCAAGGUUCAACCUUUGCAAGCGAGGUGUCGGCCACGCCAACCCUUUGUUAAUUUGCUUUCUCAAAUUUAAACCCGAUUCUCUAUAAAGUUGUGAUUUCUCCCCCGUAUAUUGGAGUUUGAACUUUGAAAAGUGAAGCUUUCAUGAAAGCUGCUUGAGCUUAGUGGAUUUUUAUGAUAUUUUACUUUAUGAAGAAUAUGGAACAAUAUUGUUGAUAUAGUGAACUGAUGAAGCAUAUGUAUUUGCCUAAUGUAGGGUUUAAGUUUAUAAUCUUUGCCUUGCUCUUCUGUACUCUAGUUAAUGAUGAUGAUGGGUAACUAGACUCCUUAAAGCUGGAUUUAUUUAGACUAAUAGCAAAUUGUUUUGAGUUUUUAUGCAUCUGUUUUCAUUCUUGUGUUGAAACCUCGAAAAUGAUGAACACCUGGAUUCAAUUCUUGGUGUUUCUAUUCUAUUACCCUUAAUUCUGCAGUGAUUAUCUGAGGCAUGGAGCAGAGAACAUUUUGG